UUUUAAAAAGUUUGAAUUUUGCGAAUAAAAUAUGUUAUUCGGGUAAAAUGUGGAUGAAAAAUGGAGAAGAUUUAAGAAAAUCGACGAAACUUCAUAACCCAUCAAAAUGUGAUUGAUCCUCAACCAAGAAAAUGUGAUUUUACAGCAAGAAAGAUGGAUGGUUUAAUUUUGCCAAUUUCAGAAUGAAUUUGUGACAAAAUAUUGAUUGAAAAUGUACUUCCCCAGCCAGGGGCUUGUACUUGUGGUUCUCUACUGCAGUACAGUACAAUGUAAACAAGAAACAGGAUUCUCUGGUGCGCUGGACCCCCCUGUAGAUAAGGAUGGAUGGCAGAGACAUCUAGAGGAAGGCGGGUCAAACAACAAUUUUACCUGGAAUUCCCCCAGUAAUAGUAAUUCAAAACAGUGCUUUCAAGUUUGUGUUUGUACCGAGCACUAUGCCGACUGUUCAGGGCGAGGGCUCAUCAUCCCACCGAAAGUGGGGGGUACAAAUACCCCCUCCCCGGAGGAGAGUGUAUCUCCUGCACUCAUCAGAACCUUGGAUUUGUCUGAGAAUAAUCUUGAGGAGCUGAACGAAAACGAUUUAUUACCAUUUUCAAAUCUUCAAAAAUUAAUACUGAAGAAGAAUCAACUGGCCAAAAUCCCGAAAUUACCAAAAGUUGGAAAACGUUUGCAGACACUGAAUCUCGGUGGAAACCAGAUUUCCGAGAUGAAAAGUGAAGAUCUUCAACAGUUUCCUGAAUUAUUGAACCUGGAUCUAGAGAACAAUCUUCUAACUUUAAUCCAAGAUGGCGUCUUCGCGGGAAAUUCAAAACUCACCAUUUUGAAUCUUGGAUAUAACCGAAUAUCUAGUAUAAGUGAAGGCGGAUUCAGGAAUCUGAAGAAUCUACAAAUUCUAGUACUUGAGGAAAAUCAGCUGACUUCCAUACAGGAGUCAGUGUUUAUCCAUACUCAAAAUAUACUCAUUCUAGAACUGAAUAGAAACUACUUGACUGAGCUCCCACCAGCUCUAAGAGCACUUAUAAACCUAGAGAAAAUAACUCUGGCAAAGAAUCUGAUUGAGAGAAUAGAAGAGAACAUUCUACAGUACUGUAGUAAGUUAGAACAGCUUGAGUUAGCUGGAAAUCCAAUUCAUUUCUACCAUCAGGAUGCUUUCAUAAACUUACCCAGGCUCAAGAAAUUACAGUAAUU